CCACUUAGCAUACCUAACCUCCACAACUCACAAACAUAACCUCAACCGUCAACAAAUAAAAGUUUGUCAUUUUUAGCAAUUAAAAUAUGGUGUUGUUACAUUUACAUUAAGUUUAAAAUUCGUGUCAAAUCCACUUUUGUAUUAAUUUAAGCCCCAAUUAUUGAAAAAAAAAAAAUGUACAAAGGGGGCCACGAACCCGAUUCACCUGCAGAACUCGAAUGCCAGUUCAUUUUACGUCUACCGGAAGAACCAGCCCGUGUCCUUCGCGAAGCCAUCCGAAACAACAGCACCCUCAAAGACAGGGUGGCCAUCAAAAUAGAAAAUGACAUGCGACAUGGUGAAGUCCGAAUCGACCACUGGCUUUUACCAGCUAAAGUUAUGGACCUUCCCACUAUUAUCGAGUCCCUUAAAACUAUUGAUUCGAAAGGUUUCUACAAAACAGCCGAUAUUUGCCAAAUGCUCAUAUGUAAGGAAGAGGACGACCAAACGACUACUGAUGAAGAGUCCCCACAAAAGUCGAAACGUAAAGACCCCAACAAAGUGGAGAAAAAAUAUCUGAUGCCACACGGGAUCACACCACCGACGAAAAACGUAAGGAAGCGACGAUUCCGCAAGACUUUGAAGAAGAAAUACGUGGAAGCCCCCGAAAUAGAGAAGGAAGUCAAAAGAUUGUUAAGGAUAGACAAUGAUGCAGUUAGUGUUAAAUGGGAGGUUAUCAACGAAGACGACGAAAACAAAGUCAACAAAGGCACCGUGGUGAAGAAGGAACCUGCAGAAGCCCCCAAUCAGAACGUGGCCGAACAUGAUAUUUUCGGGGGGGCUGUGAGUGACUCAGAGGAGGAGGACGCCCACCUUAACGUAUUGGAACUGGACGACAAUAGUCAGAACUCGGCCGAAGACAGCCACCUGACUGACUCCAACUCAAUGAUGAUCAAUACCGCAAACUCAAAAUUGUUGACAGAAUUCACCAGUGAUAUGUUCAACGAAAUGCAAAAUUCCCCCUCUUUGAUGCAAGAAAUGGACUAUUAUCAGCAGUCAUCCAGCAAUAUUUCCUACACAGAGCAGAAUUUGAGUAAGAGUAAUAUUUUGGCGAGGCUUGAAGAGCUGCAGUUGGAGUUGGAUAAUUUGAAAAUGAGGAGGCAACACCAGGAAAUGGAAAUUGAAAAUAUUGAGAAUUUGGCGCUGAGACAACGCUUUCAGAAUAUUUUGGAUAGGCUUCUGCAGGAGCAAAUCGAGAAGGAACAGGAGAAAUACGGGUUGGAGGAGCUUCUGAAGCAGCACCCAGAGUAGUAUUGGAGUGGUUAAAAAAUCGUAUUUUGUAAUUUUAGGUCCAAAAAGGGGUUAUAGUGAAGUGUUUCUUGUAAGCGUAUCAAUGUUAGAUUAAUUAAAAAAUCUGUUUUAUUCGAUUUUAAUUGUGUAAAUUUCUAUAGAUAAUUAUUUUUUAUGAAUAGGGCACAAUUUAGAAAAUAAACAACUUUAUCGGCAAAAA